AAUUUUCGUUAAAAAAACUUUAAGUAAACUUCGAAACGUUCUUGCGGUGAUGAAGCCUUACAUAGAAUGGUUACAAUAUAGAACACAACAACUACUUGUAAGUUCCGAGGCAAAUGCAGCAACGGAUGACAGUGAAAUAAGCUCAGUUUGCGACGACGGUCGCUCAGAAACGUCAACUGAUGCGAAUGCGACACGAGGAGACGUACAUCCGAUCUCUUAUGGAACGAAUUGGAUGCCACCGCCAAAUUUUUCUAUGUUCAAGGAAGCGCAGCGAAAAAUAUCUUUGAAAUCCUUUCACACAGUAACGGGCGUGAACGACGUUCAGGAUUCCGACAAAUUCGCGGCCAAGCAAUUCCGACAUCGGCGUGGGUGUCACACAGUAAUACCGAGUAAUUCCAGUGAGCAAUCGAGUGGAUGUUGAAGGGACUAGUCAGUGUUAGUCGAAUCUCGUUAUCGAACGCGCGCCUUCCGUUAAUCGAGUAACGCUAAUACGCGAAAAAAUUUGCACGAAGGCGACAUGUCAAUUUCGUAGAUGAUACUUA